CAGAAGCAUAAUUUUAGGUAAAACUACUAAUUAUUCUCAUAGGCCUACUUCCCUGAAGAUAAGAGGAAUCGCAUCUGGUACGUGGAAAAGACAGGAAUGCAUUAAAGGGCUAUGUGUUACAGUAUAAUAGCCUCAAAGGACGACCAUUAAACCCCCAAUUAUCAAUACGCGUUGUAUAUGCACUCCAUGUCUAUACUUGCCUAUUUCAAACACCACAGUGCGGCGAGCAGGCAAUAUCGGGGGUGUGAAUAUUAUCCGUAGCAAAAAAAUUGCUCUCCUGUUGCCCACUCAAAACCAAUAAUCUAGCCCGUUGAUACUUCAAAAUAUUAGCAUGGCGUGAUCCCGAGAUAUGAAUGUUGCCAUCUUGUUUGCAUAUUUAGGUCUCAGAGUCUGUAAGGCUGUCCAAUAAUUUAUUGUAAACAAGAACAUACCACUCCUAUACGUUAUAGGCCUAUUCUACCUUUUAAUUGGCCCCAUAAACGGAUGUUAUCUUACUUAUUUUCCACAUUUGGCUUUCUGGGGAAAAAUACAUUUAAAAAAAGGAUAUCAGGAAAUAGUAGUGUAAAACAUUCUAAACAUGGAAUUUAUCUAGCACAUGCAACAAAAUAAGGAUUUUCACACGUCUUAAAAAUAACAGUGUGAUGUCUUUCAUGUCUGAAGAUGUCUGUUGCCCUGUCCCGCAACUGAAUGAACUGAAUGGACCUCUCUAGCAGCAUCCCACUCCGCGUGCUUGGCAGAUAUCAAUUUCACAUAAUACAAACAUGGAGCGGACGUCGCUGUUCAUUGCGUUGUAUCACAAUAGAAAAGACCGUUGAUUAUUAUAAUGGAAAGUGAUCAUUUAAAAAGAAAACCGUGAAAAUUCACAGUAUCCAUAAUUAAUAUGAUAUACUUGUUCAUUAUAGACAGAUAGCCUAAUUCUGGUUUUUUUUUUUUUUUUUUUUAAAUCGAGUUCUUUUUCCGUACUGUAUUUAAUCCAAAGGGGGAAAGCCGAUGUCAUCAGUGGAGUACAAGAAAAAGGACUGUUUUGCUUCUGGAACCCUAUCUUCUGCUUCUAUGAAAGGUACAUUUACUAAAAUCCAACGAAGGAAGGUUAAAGCAAGAAAAAGACCAUCAGCAAAAUCACUAGAAGACACGGAAAGUGACUGUGAGAUUUGCAGGUGUUCUGUCUCCACUGGGGUCACGAGCAGCCGCACGGUUCGCCGCAUUCUGACAGCCUGCGUGAUCUCAUUUCUGUCUCUCUUGGGCUCGGUGUCCGUGGACCUCAGUGCAAACAUGGAGUUGUGGCGAACCACCCAGGAUGCGUUUCAGGAGUUCACAUCUUGCCGGACUAAUAUCAUACUCGGCCUCGUCGGAGCGCUUCAGAAUGAGCGGAGUCGAUGCACUGCUGCAGGCUCAGGUGACAUGUCAGAACCUGGAACUUGCAUUCUAACAGCUUCAGAUGUUCCGUACCUGGUUAUCCAGAUUUGUAAAGAAAUGCAGGUUCGUAAUGAUGGCCAGGGACUUCCAUGCGAUGAUAAACUCACUCAGUUUUGCGUGGAGAUUAAAGAUGACAUUGUCAUGUUCAUGGAUGCAACUCAGAGAGCAGGAAACACGGACGUCGAUAACGUAACUUCCCUAUCCCUGUCAAUAUUGCGUGUUCUUAGGUUUUGGGGGGAUCUAGAGAAGGACAUCGGGAAAGUCAGGCAGAAUGUUGAUUGGGCCAACGUUCUGUCUCUAAGACAGCUGGUGAUAUUCAAAGAACUCAAUUACCAAUUAAAUGAAUCGCCCUUGUUGGUGCAUGAAACAAGCUUUCAGAACUCCUGGUACCAUUCUCUCAGCGGCCUGAUCUUUGGUAAGCUGCAGUCUGAAGCCUUUCACAAAUGCUGGAUACAAAACGCCAGUCCAAGGCUGAACUCCACCCAGCAGUGGUUUCACGAUCUGGUCCUGCUGCCCUGGGUUAACUCUGCGUCCAUCAGUCCUGCUGUGCCGCCAUUCGCUGACACACUGGUGGACAUACAGGACUGCUUGCUGGAAAAGGGCGGGCAAGCGCUCCAGCGGAAAUCCAGGGACUUCCUGUCCAGCUUAAGCCUGAAGUUCUGCCUGCUGGCCAUCGCUUGCCUCAUCUAUCCCAUAGUGCUGCUGUCCUUCAAGCAGAUGACCGAGUGGAUUCAGAACUAUGCGCAGAGCCUGAGGGACAGGACAGAGGACCUCAAGCAGCAGAGGCGCCUGGCCGAGGACCUCCUGCACCAAAUGCUGCCCAAAUCUGUGGCCAAGCAGCUGCGUCAACAGAAACACGUCAAAGCAGAAAGCUAUGAGAAGGUGACAAUUUUCUUCUCAGACAUAGUGGGCUUCACAAUGAUCUCCGCCUCCUGCACUCCCUUGCAAGUGGUGGAGAUGCUGAACAACCUGUAUGUGUGCUUUGACACACGCAUCGACUCCUAUGACGUUUACAAGGUGGAGACCAUAGGCGACGCCUACAUGGUGGUGAGCGGCCUGCCGGAGAGAAAUGGGGACAAGCAUGCCGACGAGAUCGCCAAAAUGUCCCUGGACCUGGUGGCGGCAGUGCGGCAGGUGCCCAUACCCCACAUGCCCGGCAAGAGGCUGCAGCUUCGUGCGGGCAUCCACACGGGGCCCUGUGUAGCAGGCAUCGUGGGGUCUAAGAUGCCCCGGUACUGCCUGUUUGGGGACACGGUCAAUACUGCCUCUCGGAUGGAGUCGACCAGCCUGCCUCAAAGAGUCCAUGCCAGCUCGGACACCUACAUCGCCCUCAUGAAGGACAACGCAUACGAGCUGGAGUUCAGGGGAGAGAUAGAAGUCAAGGGAAAAGGCAAAAUGAAGACCUACUGGCUGAUUGGUCACAAGAACUACAGCGUACAGAAUGACAGCCUGGUGUGCCACUGGAACCCUGGUAUGGCCAGGAAGAAGAAGAUAGUGGUGCCUGGUAGCAGUGGGUCUAUAGAGCACUCCAACGCGAGCACCCUGCUGCCCAGUCCCAGCGAGAACACCACGCCCGUGUCUCAGCAGGACUCUGACUCGUUGAGGACCCAGGAGGCCGAGGGCCCCCUGCUGGUGCGGGCGCAGGUGGAGCAGCGCCCUGGGGGAUCCGGGACCCGGGCCUCCGUGUCCAGGGGGCUCCAGGGCUGCAGCAGCGAGGCCAAGAGCCCCCAGGAGUCUUCCGGCAACGGGAAGACCUUCUCCCUGACCCAGGACAGACCGCACCUGCUGCCCGGCUCUGUCCCGCCCAUGUAGACCGCGCUGCAUGCAGCACAUGCCUCAUACAGCAUCAUACACCUGCUUUCAUUUUCCCUGUAAAUUACUGCGUGGUCCUACAUUCAAUCAACAUUCACCCUUAAACUUGUUAGUGUUUUUAUUCUCAAACACGGUCUAAUGGGUUCUGCAAUCAAAAAGCAUAAUUUACAAUACAUUUUUUUUUGUGAAGAAACAUUUGCAUUUGUUUGUAUUCCAAUUAGAACUCAUCUUGAUUGAGUCCAGUUGACAUUGUAAAUCUUCUACAGUUUAUGGAUGUUUAAUGCAUGACCACAUUUCAACAACGCUGCAACUCCUAGGUGUAUUUGUCAGAAAUACAAUCAUUUAGAGGAUUGUCUGUAUUGUGGUGCCAUAAAGCAGUGAUCUACAUUCCUGGUCCUGGCAAACCACCGGGUCUGCUGGUUUUUGUUGUUACUAGCUCUUAAUUGAUCAAUUGAAGCGGUCAAUUACACAGUUAACUGUUGAUAUUAAGGUGAAAACAAAAGCCAGCUGACCCUGCGACCCGCCAGGACCAGUAAUGAAGAUCACGACCGUAAAGCUAGUAAUCAAUGGGAUUUAGAUUCAUCAAUGUGACUGGCUGCAGAAAGUAAUGGAUCACUACCACAUGGCCUCUGCUUGCAUUUCUGAUGGCUGUCCUCUUGGUUCAUCUCAUCCACUUGGUUAUUGUUGUACGAUAUUAUCUGUGCAAAUGCAUUCAUGGCACACUUGCUAAAGUUAUGUGAGUAAACUCACUUUACAGUAAUAAAGCUAUGUGCUUUGGUA